GUCAGGUGAUCCCGGAGAAAUUAGUGAACGAAACUAUCCGGAACAGCCCUAUGGAACAGCCAUGUUUCCUAUCGGUGAUCGAUGUGUCGAUCGCUUACAGCCACUGUGAGCAUGCGCUGAACUUCUACACUUUCCAUCAACAUUCCACGACCCGUCGCUGCCUGGGACCCCGGUGCUGCUGAGUCGUCUCCGACACCAUGCUAGCCACAGUGACAGCUGUGGUUAGGUUUGCUCAAUACAAUGGGAGUGUCACGCCCACACCCUUUGAGAACACUUCAGCAUUCCCCACCUGGAGACCCGCUCCUGAAGAGAACAUCACCAGGCCUCACAAAUGUCUGCAAGUUCUGUACGAGGACAUCGGAGAGUCCAGGGUUCGGUUCUGGGACAUUUUACUGCUGGUGCCUAAUGUGGCCUUCUUUGUCUUCCUGAUGUGGAAGCUGCCGUCGGCCAGGGCAAAGAUUCGACUCACCUCGAGCCCCAUCUUUGUCACCUUUUACUUGCUGGUUUUUGUCGUAGCAGGAGUUGGAAUCACCCGGGCCAUAGUGUCCAUGACUGUCAGUGCAUCCAGUGCUGCCACCAUCAUAGACAAAGUGCUGUGGGAAAUCACCCGAUUCUUCUUGUUGGCUAUUGAGCUCAGCGUUGUGAUCUUGGGACUCGCUUUCGGUCACCUGGAGAGCAAUUCCAGCAUUAAGCGUGUGCUGGCUAUCACUGCUGUGCUCGCUCUGGGCUACUCCAUUACACAGGGCACACUAGAGAUCCUUUAUCCAGACAGUCACCUCUCAGCUGAGGACUUCAACAUCUACGGCCACGGGGGACGCCACUUCUGGUUAGCCAGUUCCAUCUUCUUCUUCCUGGUGUACUCUUUGAUUGUGAUCUUGCCUAAAACUCCAAUAAGGGACAGGAUAUCUCUGCCAUCUAAGAGGAGUUUCUACGUGUAUGCUGCCAUCCUGUCCUUACUGAACCUGGUCCAAGGCCUGGGCAGCGCUCUGCUCUGUGCUGAAAUCAUAGAGGGACUCUGCUGUGUGGAUGUCACCACCUUCCUGUAUUUCUCUACAUUUGCUCCGCUCAUCUAUGUCACAUUCCUCAAAGGCUUCUUUGGCUCAGAACCAAAGAUACUGUUUUCCUACAAGUCGCAGGUAGAUGAGCCGGACGAAAGCGACGUCCACCUUCCCCCCACAGUGGCUACUGCUCUUGGUCGUAAGGAGCUGACCGACCAGGGCCUGUUCUACUCCUCUACACAGAUCGAUGGCUCUGGUCCCAGCAGCUCUCGCAUGGUGGGAGCACACCUGGACGAUGUUGCCUCUGGACCCUACGGCUCCAGCAGCAUUAACAGCAUUGAAGCUGACCGCUGGAGACCUAUCAAUGCGUGAAAGAAUGAAGAGGAGAGAUGGUUUUCCAGAUUGAUUUAAAUGUUAUGCACAUGGCGUGUGUUAGACAGGGAGGCAUCCAGUGGAGUUGCCCCAAAAAAGCAAAGCAGAGCAAAGUAUUUGGACAUCAAGGAAAGGUUCUUGUUCUUUCUGUGAGGCCAAGAUGAGUUGACAAGUUGACACUUGAGGAGGAACCUUUGCUAAGCAUUUACAUGGUGGACUGAAUUAAGCAACUGCUUUCCUAACACUGUUGCCAGAGUGCACUGCUGCUGUAGCUCCACACUCGGAGUACUGUCCCCGAUUGUGGCCCCCGAGAGACUCCAUAUCGAUUGUGUUCCACUGGCUUUUUAGAUGUGGGGACUUUCAGACUCAUCUCGUCACGUUUUCUGUCAUUCCAGCAUCUUCGGUGAUGACGUGUUUUUGCCCCAUUUUAAGCACCCAAGUCUUUCAAAUCUAUCUAACAUUCUUUUGAUGGCAACUCAGCAUCUGUACAUUCCCACUGAAGCCUUUGAAUAACUGCAUCUCUACUGACUUUGUUAUCUGCUGCCUUGUUCUAGAUUUGUGUCACCGUGCCUCUUUAUCCAGGGCAACAACUCGCGUGUACUUUGUCUUCUGAAAUAGGUGCGGUUCCAUCCUGUUAUCAUGUGAACCGUGUUAGCGUGAUGUGUGUCACGGCAAUGUAAUGAAGAAAUUGGUGUCUCCUAAAUGCAGCCGUUGCAUUUAUUUUAAAGACCACAAGACAUCUGUGAGGCAGAGACAAGAAUAAUUCUCUAACAAGUUAAAUAGCAACUCAGGCAUAAGCUCUCUUCUCUCAUGUCUUUCCUUCUUUAUUUAUUCAUUUGGUUUUCCUUAAAUUUCUUGCACCUCAUUAAUCAUUCCUGCUACUGAAACCACAGUUGUUUGCUUCAUAGUCCUUUAGGAAGUGUCGUCAUGUGUGUGAUUUAAACAACAAAUGUGCAGAAAGCUUCAAAUUCCGACCUGUGCUGCUUUCGCAUCAGCAUAUCUAAUUCAGCUUUCCUUGCUGCAUCAUAGGAUACUGAUGCAAAGUUGAGUUUUUAUUUUGCUGCUGAUCUCUUAAGAGUUUUUAUAAAUGUUAUGAAGAGUGGUAAAAUUAGACCAAAAAGAAAAUAUUGCUCAAUUUUUUAGUAUCGAGUGGUGGUAUUUAAUUUAAUGAAAUAAAUAUAAUUCUCAUUUCUAAUGAGCAAUAACAGCUCAGGCAGUUAAGUCAGCGAUGGAUGAUAGAUAAUUUAGACAAUGUCGAGGAUAAAGUAACUGCACUGUUUGUGUCUUGGCUCAAUUCAUGAAAUCAUACCUGCCAUGCGCAGUAUUAUUACAAUAAUAUACUUGAUUAUUUUGAAACCACAUCACAUGUACUUAUGCCUACCAAGUGGAUAUUAUGAGGUUGGUUUUCCCCUGAAAAUACUAUUAUGUUAGCUGAGAUUACUGAAUUCAAGCUAUAUGGGUUCAUAGAUAACGGCAGAAAAUGUAAGAUUGCAUUUAUUUUUUCACCAUGAUAAAGAAAAACUGUUAAGAAGCGACAUAUUACAAAGAAAAUACAGUAUUUACCAAUCUCUUGACAAUAUUAUAUAUUCAUAUUUGAGUACUGGUGAACACUGCUGUAUUACUCAGAGUUGAAAGAGUGAUUGGGAAAAUUAGCUUUCUGUUUUAUUACGUGGGUUCAUUGGUGUGGAUACACAAGAUGUUUAUGAAAUCAUUUUGCAAAUGACAUGUAAAUGGCCUUUUUUAAUUUAACUGCAUUGAUUGUAUAAUAUUCAACUCGUUAUAAUGCAAUGUGAUGAGCAUUGCAUGAGCAUCAGAAUAAAACAUGGACUCUG